AAAAAGUGAACUAUACCUGAACAACUGCUCCAGUCAGAGAGAGGAAAGCGAAAAGCAGAGAGAGAGAGAGAGAGAGAGUGAGAGUUGUUUUUCAAUUUCUUGACUGAGCCCUGCCGGCAAAAAGCCGUUUAUAUAUAGAUAUUUAUACUAUUAUAUUUAUGUGAAUGCAUACCCAUAUAUAUGAGCGCGUUGAACAGUCAAAAAAUCAACAAACCAAUUCUUUCUUCAAAACCAAGUUCCUCAAUUCUCUCGCUUUUCCCGGAAACUGCACUGAAGAUCAAAGCCCAAAGUCUUCAAUCAAAGAAUAUUUUUUUAGUUGAUCUCAUUCAAUUUCAAUUUGAUUCAGCUUCGAGGUAUUUACGUAUCGAUUGCUCUCCGUGUUUGAAAGUUUGGAGUCUUUUUGGUCGUACAACCCGUGUAUAUAUCAUUGAGGAAAGAUUGAAUUCUGGGUUAUUGUUUGUAUAACAUUAAGCCCUAAGGUUCUGCGUGAGAGUAUAUAGUGGUUGGUUCAUGAAUAGUUUAUACAGUGAGUUUGAAUUCUCAACUUGGGUUUUUUUUUAGUUGAUUGUUUUCUUCAAUGGAAUUUGAUAUGGUGGGUUUGUUUUUGGAUAAGAUUAGUUAGUAUUGGUUAUUUGUAUUUGUAAAGGAGGGUUGUUUUUGUUGGGUGUUUGUUUGAAAUUCAUGGGUUGCAUUUGUGGUAAGGCUUCUGCUAUAGAAGAUAGCAGAGAGAGCCCAAGAGAGAGACAGUUGAAUAAAGGGUCAUCAUCGGAGUUACACGUGCCUCGAAUUACUUCUUCGAAGAGAGAGGAGAGUUUCCGGGUGAAAGAAAGGCUGGAUGGUGGUGAAAUUAGAGGUGGGUUGAGUCAUAAGAAAUUGAAUGGCUCAAAGAAGGUGAGGGAUGAGCAUUUUGAGAAGAAGAGAGAGAAUUGUGAAGUUGUUGUUCCUAAUUAUCAUCCAGCUAGAGGAAGCAUUCCAAAAGCUACAGAAGGGGAGCAGGUUGUGGCAGGUUGGCCCUCUUGGCUUGCUGCGGUGGCUGGUGAAGCUAUCAAGGGAUGGGUACCACGACGAGCAGAUAGUUUCGAGAAGUUAGAUAAAAUUGGCCAAGGAACUUAUAGCAGUGUAUACAAGGCUCGUGAUCGAACUCAGAAGAAAAUUGUUGCUCUGAAAAAAGUGAGGUUUGAUAGUAUGGAUCCUGAGAGCAUCAAGUUUAUGGCAAGGGAAAUUGUUAUUUUGCGGAGACUUGAUCAUCCAAAUAUAAUUAAAUUGGAAGGCUUGGUCACAUCACAUAAUUCUUGCAGCUUGUACCUUGUUUUUGAGUAUAUGGAACAUGAUCUUACGGGACUUGCAUCACUACCCAGUUUCAAAUUCUCUGAACCACAGGUUAAAUGUUAUAUGCAGCAACUGCUAAGUGGACUUGAUCAUUGUCACAGUCGUGGUGUUCUGCAUCGUGACAUAAAGGGUUCAAACCUUCUAAUAGACAAUCAUGGCAUCUUGAAGAUUGCAGAUUUUGGGUUAGCAAGCUUUUAUGAUCAUCAUCAGAGUAUGCCAUUGACGAGCCGUGUUGUGACUCUCUGGUAUCGUCCGCCAGAACUUUUACUUGGAGCAACUCAUUAUGGAGUUUCAGUGGAUUUAUGGAGUUCUGGUUGCAUACUUGGAGAACUAUAUGCUGGCAAGCCUAUCAUGCCUGGAAGAACAGAGGUUGAGCAACUGCAUAAGAUUUUCAAGCUUUGUGGCUCACCAUCUGAGGACUAUUGGAGAAAAUCAAAGUUACCUUGUUCUACGGUGUUCAAACCUGUACAACCUUAUAAACGACGUCUUGUAGAGACAUUUAAAGCUUUUCCUCCCACUGCUGUGGGGCUUAUAGAGCUCUUACUAUCAAUAGAUCCUGCACAUCGAGGAACAGCAGCUAGUGCUCUAAAAAAUGAGUAUUUUACCACAAAACCACUUGCUUGUGAUCCUUCAUGUCUGCCAAAAUAUCCUCCCAGCAAAGAGAUUGAUGCGAAAUUGCGGGAAGAAGCCAGAAGGCGAGAAGCAGGAGGAGCCAGGAGCCAGAGGGUUAACCUGGAAACUGGAGGACAAAAACUUCCUCAGGUAAUUCCAGUGCAUAAUGCUAACACUGAGUUAGUCACAUCAGUGCAGGGAAGACGAGGCAACUCCCAUUCAAAGAGCCGUAGUGAACUUUUGAACCAUUAUCAGGAGGAAGCUGCUUCUGGUUUUCCUAUUGAUCCACCUAGACAUUCACAAGCUGCAAAAGAAGUGGUGGGUAAAGAUCGAAUGGAUCAUAAUACUAAGAGGGUUUCACAUUCGGGGCCCUUGGCUCCAGGGGUUGGAUGGACAAAAGCUGGGAAGAAAUACGAUGAUAUGAAUGUUAUUUCAACUAGAGCUGACUUGUCAACAUUAUCCGGUUUAGUAGCAUCUAGGACGUCGUUGUCCAAUGAUAGCCGAGAUAAACUUGGUCCUUCACAACCAAAAGCAACAGAUCAAGUGGCUAAGUCUUCAGAAUCACAUGAAGUAUCGGGAUCCGCUAGAAGGACUUAUCGGAAGCAACACACACACAGCAUCACUGGUUCCCAUCAGUUAGAAAAAGGAAGAGCCAAAGAGCCCGUUCUGGUGAGUUCCCUGACUAAACUUUCUAUUUCAAGGUCUCUCGAAUUCUAAGCUGAUAUUUUUUUUGUGUUCAGCAUGAUACUAUUUGUGGUUGCAUUUCAUUUACCACCGACUUUAUGAUAAAUAAGGACCACUUCAGUAGCU